GUAAUGGAACCUUUUUGGGUUGUUGCGGUCUGCUGCAUAAUUUAGUCUUAUUCAACCGCCAACAUCAUUUUAGACCGAAUAGUAUUCCGGUUUAGUACAAUACACAAACCACUACACACAUUUGCUAUCUUUAGAUAGAUUUUAGUAUUUUUUUCAGUGGUUCAGUGUAUGUUAGCUGCUUUUCAAUAUGCAGACAAGCAUAUAGAAAUUCCAGAAUUUUAUCCAUUUGAUAAUAAGUAUAAGUUCAUUUCGACUCCAUUAUAAGCAAUACAUAUAAAUAAUUAUUAAAAACGGAUUGCGGAAUCAAAAGAAAACCCUAAAAAGGUUCAAGGGGUACAGUACAGAAUAUAUGCUAACUUGAAAGGUUUUGCGAGCUCAUCCAAAAGAAUUAAAUUAAUUCACACACACGCACAACCACAGAGAUAUAAAAAAGUAAGAAAAAAAGACAGAUAAAUUACAUAGCAAACAAACAAAAAAGAAUUUCUGGGAUGUUGUCAGCUCCAAUUUCACGAUCUGACGAUCGACUGCCAGCGUCACAGAGUUGCUAAACUGUAAAUAUUCAAGCUCUGCUAAAUAAUCCAUGGUGCCAUAGCCACACGACACUGAUUUUUGUUGAAAGGAGGUAAAAAAAAAAUUCAGGGAGUUUAUAGUUAAUUACUCUUAGAAUCGUUUACCUUGUGAACAUUAAAAGCACAAGCGACUCAGACUUUUGCAUUGGAUCUUAUGGCCGAAAAAUCAAAUGACUAAUACAAAAUAUUCAUUUUUAAAUAGCAUUCAUUUUACUAUAAAAUACUUCAAAGUGAGAAACCUUGAAUUAUCUUAAGACAGCGCAGCCACAUUCAUCUUCUAAUCCGUGUUGCGAAUUGCAAUGUUUACUUCUAGAAAUUCUGUCUGAAAUAUACUAUUUAUCACAGAUAACAGUAAUAUGUUUCAAUAAUGUCACACAAACUAAACCCAGGUGUUUACAUCACCUUGAUAAUUACAAUACUGUUGAUCAUAUGGAUGCUGCUUAAUGAACCAGAAAAUCCCAUUGUUGAUAUGGAACAUUAUAUGAAGCAGCAUAUUAUUGUGGAGUUCUUUAACUCUUUGCAUCCAUUGUUAUCGGGACUAUUUAUUGGCUUGUUCUGUCUAUUUCUAUGCUGGACUGUCAUCUACUACAAUAGAUUAAAUGUUGGAGAUUUUCCAUCAACUCCACUCUCACCAAGCAGAUCAAUCUUUCAAAUAUCAGACAUAGUUCAUCCGUCAGAAGUUGAUGGUUUCAAUGCCGUACUUGCAUAUUCUACAGCAGUUUUAGUUUCCCUUGGUGCAGCAAGUGUUAUUGUGUACAAUUCACUAACUGAAUGACAAUUUCAUACAAUCUCAAAACGUAUGAAAUCAACUUCGAUGUCUUUCGUUCUCGACUUGUGGAACUUAUAAGAUGAAGGAAGAUCAUAUCUCAGUUCUGGAAGAAAAGAAAAAGAGCCAUUUUACCUCAUUAUUAAUUAACGGUACAAGACUCUAAACCCGACACUGUCAUAUUAUCAUAAACUAUUAUUAUCAACAUUCACUAUUUAUAUAUAUUUUCUCAUACUCAACAGGCCCAGUACUAUUGCAUAUUGGGAUCGAAAGCAAUAAUCUUACAGACUGUACCUGGUGUAUAUCGAAUAUAAUCAUGCUUAUUGGUAUCUAACAGCUUUCCUUGUGUUAUAAAAGUUUGCAUUUGAUGCAUUAUUGCGGCAGCAAUGAAACAAUGUGGCACGGAUUGGGGUGAAAUAUAACCAUAUUGGUGCAACCAUUUUACCUACUACUUAAUUUAUCAUAAUAAACUCUUCACUGUUGAUAUUCACUCAUUAAACUAUGAUAAAAAAUGUACCAGCAAC